CAAGACCUGUGUGUGAUAAGAAGCAGGACUACCAGCUCCCCCAGGCCCCAGGGUCCAACCACUUCAUAAUUCCUCCUCAUAAAGAAACACCAGAAUGUCGCCUCGCGGACUUGCCAUCAUCAUCGGCGCGGGCCCCACGUCCGGGGCCGGCAUCGCGCGCGUCCUGGCCGACCCGCAGAGAGGCAACCUGGCCGUCGCGCUGCUCGCCCGCAACAAGGACCGACUCGAGUCUCUUGCGUCGGAUCUACGCCAGUCGUCCCAGGGCGGCGUCUUGCAACCCUUUGCGACCGACACGCAGCCCGCGAACCUGCGCCAUGCGUUCCGGCAGAUCGCGACGCACCCGGAUUUCCGGGGCCUGAAGCUUUGCCUCGCCGUCUAUCACGUCAAGCACGCCGACAAGAAGCCGUUCCUGGAGGAGACACCCGAGGCCUUCAACGAGAGCAUCGCUACAUACUCCACCGGUGCCGUCGUAUUUGCGCAGGAGGCGAUCCAGCUCAUGUACGCGCAGAACGGCGGGCAGACCAGCCUCAAGGACACCAAGGGUGCGGUCAAGGGAACCGUCAUCUUCACGGGCACGCUGGGCGCGCUGCGCUGCAACCCGACCUUUGCGUCGUAUGGCGCGUCGCGCGCCGCCGUGCGGAUGCUGGCGCAGGCGGUCGCCAAGGAGCACAGCAAGUUUGGCAUCCACGUGGUGCACACCAUUGCCAACGGGCCCAUUACCGACGAGGACAAUGCGAAGACGUCGACGGGCGUCAGCAUGAGGGCGGAAGAUGUCGGGAAUUUGUACUUGUAUCUGUCGAAGCAGCCAUCCUCUCUGUGGACUCAUGAGCUGGACAUGAGGCCUGCGCAGGAGUCGUUCUGAUGGAGGUCCUUGUUGGACGGCGGGUUCUUUGGUCAGUGGAACUGAAAACGAUGGAAAUUACAUUUACUGUAUUUAUUGUUAGGGUCAUUCAGAUAAAAAGAGCAUCUUCUUUCAAAGCGUGCGCUCUAAAUGGUUAAUGCUCCACAUUCUUGUGUGAGGAGAGAGCAUAUC